AAAGGACGAUGCCCGAAGUGUUCUUGGAUAGGCGAUGGGAAUGAGUCGAGCUCUCACACCAAGGACGAUCUCCUGCAUGUUCUUUUCAUCUACCGUAAUUACCUCUACUUUGAUUUUAUGCCAUUGAAAUUACCACAAUGAAAGGCCUGGCUACUAAUACCUAAACAAGAAACCAUGCUGCGACAAACAAGCAAGAGUUCUGUCACUGCUUUCCUCUUGGCAGGAGCAGCGGUCGUGUCCUAUCUGCCUCCGCAGGUGCUGGCUCUCAAUGUUGGGCAGACCAAGGUCCGGUCUUCUUCCGGCUCUUUCUUUGGUGGGUCUGCGGAUGAGGGAUCCCUCUUGAAGCCGAUGGGCACUGGAAAGCACAUGCUCCGAGUGUGCAACGCGUUGCCGCAAAGCGAAAUUAAGGUCAGCAUUGAGUGUCCAUAUUUCUUGGCAUCUUAGUACCCUUCUCCCUUGUAUUCUCAUGAAAUACAAGGUACAAGGGGCCAAGAUGAGGGGGCCGAGAUGCAAUCUAGCAGACUCUAAGGAAAGCAUCGAAGUCUUUCGCGGUGAAGUCGAGAAAUUGACGGAGAAGCCCCUCCAGUAUCGAGGAUGCGUCGAUUUGCACACUGAAUUAGAGGCAGGCGAUCAGCUGCAUGUUCGCGUACUUUGAGGGUUCAUAGUAUGAUAGAUAAUUUGGGGAUUCUUCAAUAACUAUGUAUUGUUGAGAUUCCUUGAAUAAGUAUCAGCUCUACAACUUUCUAAGUCGUCAUUCAAAACUGCAUUAUACUAAAGAUGAAAUUUCAAAGAACUGCAUAAACUCUCAAUCUUCUUACGACACCCACCCCACCUCAACACAAUCUUCACAGAAUGCCGGCACCACUUCCGCAGCCGAUUCUUUGGGUUCUUUUUCCUUGAAUGAAGUACCUGAGAGUCCGGAUGCUGUGCUUUUUCUCGCUGUGUACCGACAUGACGCAGUCUCGCGUGCAGUGUCCUUCGCAAGUCAUGUUUUCGCCAGUCUCCAGAACGCACAAAUUGCGGUGCUCGAUACCUACAAGGGUGCGAAGAAAAGUCAGCUGUUGUUAUGGCCAUGCUUCGAACUAUCUCCAUGUUCUUGCUAGUGAAAAAAUAGUUCUCUUGAUUGAGGGUUCGAUUGAACGUCGUUAAUAUUGCCUAGUACUAGGUUCUGUACAACUCUGUCUACUUGAAAAAUGAAGAACGUACUAGAUAUUCUAGUCGGAGGAGGAGUCUUUGGAACAACAAAAAAAUACUUAGACCUAAACAGAACUUCGUUUAAUAUCGUCACAAACACUUCUAAUCCGAAUUUCCGGCAACUAUGGCCGCAGUGAGGAGCUGCGCUUUGAUUCCGUAGUUGCCGUCAACCCUGGCCGUUAUCGCACACAACUCGUUGAUUCCAGCACGGGUCGGGAAGAGACCUCAGCCCUCCUAGACGCCCAGGAUCGCCAGGCUUAUGUGGUCUUGCGUGUGGGGGUUGAUAACAUUGAAGAUGGUGGGCGGAACAAGGAUUCGACGUCGUUUAUGGCGCUUCUAAAUAAAAAGAUGUACUCAUUUUUUACUCAAACGCAGUUUAGCUAGGAUUUUUUUAAGUGGGAGCCUAGCUGCUAUGUUUUUGAGUACUAUGUAUGAGCACACUUUUCCCUGUCAUGUCGUUUGGUGAGAACCUAUUGGUCUUUCCUUCGGAAGAGGAUGAGGGCGUCUCUUUGCCGAGGAGGAUGAUCCGCAGGGCUGGCGAUUGGGUCAACAUGGUGUUGCGCUAAGUGAAGUGGAAAGAAGCAACACAUUAUAUGUUGUUGGAUACUUCUGUGUCCCAGAGGCUGAGGAAAAGAAAACUCGUCAUGCAUAGGAACUGAGCUCGUCGCUAGGGUUGCUGUACAGAAGCGAUACGAAGUACAUAAUUAUUUUUUCCAAGAGCAGGUAAACUCGAUGUACAACAAGUUGAAGAUGUAAAGAUGCUGUCUUUUUUCCAGAAUAGAAGAGAAAUUGAACUUUUGAAGAUUCCCUCAAACAAGGCAAGACUGAUGAUGUCACGCACGCAGUGCAUCGUUUGCUGUUACCAGCUGAGAGAAAUGGGAGAGAGAGAAGGG